CCAAAUUACAGGCUUAUCUGCUAUAAAGUUCCAUUCUUUCUUCAGUAUACAGCACCUUUGCUUAGAAUUUGAGAAAGAGAAAGAGAGUUUUUUUUGAGCUUUAACAAUGGAGGGUAAGGAAGAGGAUGUUAAGCUUGGAGCUAACAAGUACUCAGAGAGACAGCCCAUUGGAACAUCAGCUCAGACAGACAAAGACUACAAGGAGCCACCACCAGCUCCUUUGUUUGAGCCAGGAGAGCUCUCAUCAUGGUCCUUUUACAGGGCUGGAAUUGCAGAGUUCAUUGCUACCUUCUUGUUCCUUUACAUCACUGUCUUGACUGUAAUGGGUGUGAAUAAGUCUGGUAGCAAGUGCUCUACUGUGGGCAUUCAAGGUAUUGCUUGGGCCUUUGGUGGUAUGAUUUUUGCCCUUGUCUACUGCACUGCUGGUAUCUCAGGAGGACACAUCAACCCAGCUGUAACUUUUGGACUCUUCUUGGCAAGGAAGCUCUCCCUCACAAGAGCCGUUUUCUACAUAAUCAUGCAGUGCCUUGGUGCCAUCUGCGGUGCUGGUGUUGUGAAGGGCUUUGAGAAUGCCUCAACCUUUGAGAGGUUGGGAGGUGGAGCUAACGUUGUUAACAAAGGCUACACCAAGGGUGAUGGUCUUGGUGCUGAGAUUGUUGGCACCUUUGUCCUUGUCUACACAGUGUUCUCAGCCACUGAUGCCAAGAGAAACGCCAGAGACUCUCAUGUCCCUAUCUUGGCUCCACUCCCAAUUGGGUUUGCAGUGUUUUUGGUUCACUUGGCAACUAUCCCAAUUACUGGAACUGGUAUCAACCCUGCAAGGAGUCUUGGAGCUGCAAUCAUCUUCAACAAAGACCAUGCCUGGGAUGACCAUUGGAUCUUCUGGGUUGGACCCUUCAUUGGAGCUGCUCUUGCUGCUGUGUACCACCAGAUUGUCAUCAGAGCCAUUCCUUUCAAGUCUUCCAGGGUUUGAGUUUCAAGUCUCUUUUGAGUGUUGAGACGCCUAGUUUUUUCUUCUCUUUUCUUUUUUGAGUCUUCUUCUUUUUGUGUAUUGUAUUUUGGUGGUAGUGUGAAAAUUAAUGUGUGUACAUUAUCCAGUAUUUAUGAUGUAUUAUUAUUUUUAUUUAUUUAGAAUUUGAGACUUCUUUUUGUUAUUAAUGGAGGAUUCUUUUUAAUGGUAUUAAUGGUAGCUUCUUAACUUGUUUAA